AUGGGGUUGUUCGCAUACGCCAGGAAUGUCGCAAGGGUAGCUAAGAUAAGCAGAAUAAAUUUGAGUUACAAGGCUUGUAGACUUUAUUAUGCGCCUGUCAUGCAAAUCCAGCCAUCAGCGACAUCGAUUUUAAUAAAAAGUCCAACCUUUCUUAGUUUGCUGGGUUCAGAAAGUUCUACUAAUAGCAUACAGGAAAGCGAUGACGAAGAAUCUGAAGUACAGCCGAAUCACAAAACAACUAUAAGUCAAUAA